GAACUCAAAAGUCUCCCAAACGACGUACGGCUCCCUGUGUAUGUCCCCAACUCCAGCCCGUUACCUCCAAAAAAUAACCAAAAUGUCCUCACCCCACUGGAAAGACCUCUUCUCAACCCUCCUCCAAAAGAACCUCGACGCAGGCUACAAAGACGCCCUCAACUUCUCCUUCGCGACCCUCCCCGCCCCCGGCUCAAUCUACCCUCGCGUCCGCACCUGUGUCUUUCGUGGCUUCGCAUUCGAGCCUCAUGGAGAGAACAACGGAGCAAAAGGGAGUAGCUUGUUGACGUUCACAACGGAUAGUACGAUGAAGAAGGCGGAGGAGUUGAUGGGGAGGGAUGAGAAGGGAGAGUUGAAUAACACUUUUGAGGCGUGCUUUUGGUUUGCGGAUAGUGGGGAUCAGUUCAGGUUUGCUGGGCGAGCGUGGGUUCUUGGUACCAAAUCCUUCCCGCAGCAGGGUGUGUUCAACGAGCAGGCGGAGAGGCUGCUGAAGACUUAUACGCACGGUAUCUCGGGUAACGUCGAGGACGCAUGGCAAGUAGAGAGACAACGUAUUUGGGAAGGACAGAAACCUAUGAUGCGUCGUACAUUCUGCUCACCGCAUCCCGGAUCGCCCAUGACGAAGGAGAAGUCGGAGCAGUUGCAUGCCAUGCCGAUGCUUCCCGUAAUGCCUGAAGACGCAAAGGGCAGGGUCACAGCGAAGGACGACGACGGCAAGGAAACGGAGGAGUACACUGGAACCAAAGAGGACGUCGAGGAGGCGUUGAAGAGAUUCUGCAUCGUGGUCUUAGAGAUCGACGAAGUCGACCGCGUCCUGCUCUCCCCUCCCCCGGGCGGUAGGUGGAGGUGGAAAAAGAUGGGCAGCAACGAGUGGGAUGAGCAAGAAGUUUGCCCAUAAAGGGGCCCUAAUGUUAGACGACAGCACUGUACGCU